AUUGGAGUAAACCCACUAACCCGACCCUCUGGAUCGGCCCCGGGCCCACCGCGGUCUCUGCGACACCCCGCUUCCCCUCUGAUCGCCCAUUCGCGCCUCCCAAACCGCAACCCUAACACCACUCUCACUCUCCAUCUCUCUUUCUCCCAUUCUCUCCUCCAAAGGCUAAACUAAGACACAGUGACCUCGACUUCAAAUCCAAGCUGAUCCCUCAAUCCCCUUCUCUCUUCCUUAGAUUUAAAUCGAAGCUUUUCGAUCUCUUUCUCUCCUCCUUCCCUUCGAUUUGAGUGUUGAGUCAAGAGUUUUUGUGCUAGGUUUUGGACUCCAAUGUGGUCAUCUUGGUGGAGCUCUUCGCGCCCUGGUGCAGCCAUUGCCAAGCCCUAACUCUCUCGUGGUGGCGCGCCGCCAUCGUCCUCAAGGGCACCGUCACCACCGAUGAGCUGACACUCACCGAUUGCUUGCUCAGCUCAUGUGGCCCAGUUCUCCUUGAUUUGCAGCAGCUAUCAGAUUAUUUUCCUUUAUUGUUGAAAGCAGAUGUAGAUAUGGAUGACAGCGGACAUAGGGAGAACGGGAGACAGAGGCCUGACCAAUAUAAAUCAGUUCACACACAGGAAACUUUUUUUCACUAUUCCCGGAUCCUUUUUAUAUAUUCCCUUCUUUCGUGCAACUUAUAGUGGGCAUAAAAAGUCUAUUGGCGCAAAAAAAUGGAGAAAACUUGGAACUUUCCAUGCGCACUGCCGCCAACUGCAUUUCCACCAUGGAACAUCAAGAAAGUGCAUCAGCAGUGAGCACUCUGUGUGGAUGAUGCCUCAACACCAGAUGAAGGAGCACCACACAAUGAAACUCAUUGCACUUAUGACCGAGCGGGACACCGCCAUCCAAGAACGGAACCUUGCUAUCUCUGAGAAGAAAGCUGCCCUGGCUGAGCGUGACAUGGCCAUCAUGCAGCGUGACACUGCCAUAGCUGAGCGGGAUAGCGCCAUCAUUGAGCGCGACGAUGCCAUCGCUGCCCUUGAGCUUGCUCGUGAAAGUGGGAUGAAUGGAAAUGCAAAGAACCUCCACAACCACCAGCACAACCACCAACACCACAACAACCUUUCCGUUGUUCAACCUUCACCGCCUCAACUCUCAGACGCACCGUAUGACCACGUACGAGAGAUGCACAUAAUGGAGGCAUACCCAAUAUCAGCCGCCUUGGAGAAUGAUAUGAAGGCCAGAAAACCUAAGCAAACUAGGAAAGAGAGUAAAGCCCAGGCUGCUCCUUCCCCUUCCAUGAAGUCAUCAUCAAAAAGGAAAAGCAAGAGGGUUGGUGGUGACGAUCUAAAUAGUAGUCAGGUCACAAUUGCAAAGACCCACCACAAUGGAGGUGGUGGCGUAAAGAAGAAGAAUGAGUGGAAGGACCAAGACCUCGGGUUGAACCAGGUGACAUUCGACGAGUCGACGAUGCCGGUGCCUGUUUGCUCCUGCACAGGUAAGUUCCGCCCAUGCUACAAAUGGGGGAACGGCGGUUGGCAGUCGUCAUGCUGCACCACGACACUGUCCAUGUACCCUCUCCCAGUGAUGGCCAACAAACGUCACGCUCGGAUGGGCGGUAGGAAGAUGAGUGGCAGUGCUUUCUCGAAGCUGCUUAGCCGGGUAGCAGCUGAAGGUCACGAUCUCUCGAUGCCCGUGGACCUCAAGGACCACUGGGCGAAGCAUGGGACGAACCGCUAUAUCACCAUCAAGUGAUGCUGGGUGCUUCGGUGAGGUACAUAUGAAUGUGUUUUAAUAACUACAGGAAGAAGGGAACUAGGAUUAAUCCUUGUUUGUUGUGAUUUUAAAAUUGACGUUACCUUAUUUCCCUUCAGAGGAGCCGUGUAAUAGAAAUGCCACGCUUUGUGCUCAGUGAAGAAGUUGGGAUGGUAUUCUAAAUUUCCAGUGGUUGCUUUCUUCACUCAGAAGUUGUUAAGGUGUGUCUAAUUUUGUCUUCGCUCAGUUUCAAUUGAAGCUUUGGACUAAAACGCAGCUUCUCUUAAAAUGGCGUAUGUGCCUUAUGCUAGGGCCAAUGUAUAUUAUGUAAUUAACUGAUAAGUAGUGUACCUAUGUAAAAAAAUUUCCACUGUUUUGUCGAACAGAUUUAAGCUGUAUAUUCCGUGAUGAUGCCACAUUUCUUUUUGUGGCUCUGAUAGCGUGCUUAUGGAAUGUAGCAUAGAUUUUUUUGUUUGUCUUUCUUUCCUACGUUCUGUAGUUUUAUGAACCAAGUGAGAAUUGGUUUGGA